AUGCAAUUCGUCCACGUAAUAACUGUUCUAGUGAUCUGCAAUGUGGUAACAGCUGUACAGCAGGAUACUCUAACUGGAUUUGGAUUUGAACUACUGCAGGCCCAGUUGGAAGCGUUCGAAUCACGAAUGCAAAUACAACUAGAUGGUGUAAAAGAGUACGUUUCCAACACGGCCAUGAACAUAAAUUCGGGAGUAUAUUUUGUGAAUCUUACUCCGGAUUUAAACACAUCAUUUGAAGUAUUUCGCGAUGGUUCAAACAAUCAUGGAUUCGGUAGUAAUUGGACAGUCUUCCAGAAGAGAUUUGAUGGUUCGGUCGAUUUUAAUCGCAAUUGGACAGCAUACAAACACGGAUUCGGUGACGUUCGUCGUGAGCAUUGGCUGGGUUUGGAUAAACUUAAGUCAAUACUGGACACCGAACGGCACGAGCUGCUGAUUGUAAUGGAAGACUUUGAAGGAGUGACAGCGUUCGCGAAGUACGAUAACUUCAGGAUUGGCAAUGAGUCAGAAAAGUAUGCGCUACAAGCGCUUGGCACAUACACUGGCAUUGUAGGUGAUAGCUUCAGUAGUCAGUUGAGAUCCAACUUUUCGACCCCCGAUCAGGAUAACGCUGGAAAAUGUGCUAAUGUAUUCAAAAGUGGUGGAUGGCAUUCUAACUGUUAUCAAAGCAAUUUGAAUGGAAUGUAUCUCAAGGGUGGAAAACAAAAUACAAAUAAAGGCAUACAUUGGUACUUCUUCCGAGGCUAUCAAUACUCACUGAAAGCGACCAAGAUGAUGGUUCGACCGUAUACCCUGCGUAGCAAAGGCUGA